AGAAAAAAACAUUAAAAGUUAAAUGCCAUUAUUAAUGGUGUUUAGCAGGUGACUAUAUAAUUUAUAAAAUAAUUAUUUGGUCUGUUUAAAUUAAAAGUAGUGUGUACCCGGAAGUAGUCAUCGGGCUUUAAAUUGAAGUUUCUCUCAAUCAUUUCAAGUUUCUGUUUUAUCAUUUAUUCAAUAUUUGUUUUGUGUUAUCGCAAAUAACUUAUCUAAAACCAAGUUGAAAAUCUGAAGGAAAGUGCUUGUUGAAGUUCAUAGUGAUCUUUUUGAAAUAAUAUUUGGGACACUUUUAAAAUAUUAAUGCGUUAUGUGUUUAUUUACAAUAAAAACCUAUUGUGGAAACUGAAAAGAACAUUUAUAUUCAAUAUAUUGACUAUUGAAAUUUUCAUAAAACAUAUUUGGAAUACCGAGGUCAUAAAUUGAGAAUUUGUAGCAACAAAUGAAUGCAGUAUUUUGAUAAAUUGGAUAUUUAAUUUGGUGGCAAAGCCAAUGACUACAUUGUUGGUAAUUUACACGCUAGUAUUUAUCAUGAACAUAUAGGAAUAUAUUUACGCUCUGAAAGAUAAUAUUUGUAAACAGUGAUUGUUAUUUAUAUUGACAAACUAAAUACAGAAUAAGGAGUUUCAAGAUUUAAGAAAUAUCAACUAAACAAUUGAAAUGCAAAUUUAAAGUCUUAUUUCAAGACAGCAAUCACAAAAUUUAUCACAAUAUGAUAAAGUGAUAAUUUGUAAAGUGACAACACUUGUGCGAUAAAACUUUUCGGAACUGGAAAUAAUAUAGUUAUUUUUAUUUUGAUUAAAUAAUCAUGGCUUUUGUUGUGACAUACCACAGUCUUUCUAAACACAACAUUCGGAACUUGUAUGGCGGACUGCCUGCGGAAAUAAAAUGGCGGACAUCAGCAAAUGAGAAAGCAAUUGUGCCUGCGCAGAGAAUUCAUGAACAGAUGAAGAAAUCAGCGCCGCAUGAGAAAUUUCUAAAUGAACGAUAUUUUGAAUAUGAUCACGAGAAUGAAAUACGAAUUCCAAGAGCCCCAGCAUUUCGAAGGUUGUCACGUGAAAGUGUUGACGAAAUAGUACUCAGACUCUCUCAACCUACUGUAAGCAAGAGACGGCGUGCGUCAGAUAUAUGUGAGAGAGAAAUGCGGCGGUCGUUCAUCGAGAGUUGCAGGAAAUGCCGAGCAGUAUCUGCACGCCCAAAAGCGAGCAGACGAGAGGCAGACGAAAUUACAGAACGAAUUUCACUGCCAACUGUUACAAGUAACGUGCGGAGUAGUAUGAGAAGUCUUAGAGAAUUCAGUGUAACGGAAGUACGCGAUGCUUGCGAAAAAUGUUCACUUACUCCAUCUAACAGAUUUGCUAAAGAGUUCAGUAUUUACGAUAUUUGAUCUGGUUUUAUUUUUUUCUUUAUAGUUGCAAGCAUUUGUAUUCUCGCUAGGAUAUGAUUUGAAGUUAACAGUUUCGUUUCCGGACUAACUCUGAAAGCAUACUGACAUAAACAAUAUAGAAUAUUCCUUAUUGUUUUUUGGUGUGGGGAGGGGGGAGGGGGUCAGUAGCUCAUUACUUGUAGCCCAAACCAAUUUGCUGUUGGUACCCAUUAUAUGUUGUACUGUUGUACAUUUUCAUGCGUUCAAAAAACAACAAAAUAUUUAAAAACAGGUCAAUAACAGAUGGACUUACAUUAAAUGUUCAUGUUAUUGUCUGGUGCACUUUCAGUAGAAUCACUCCACUUCAAAAUGAAAAAAUAUAGCUAUUGAUCUUCAAAAAAUAAAACAAUAUAUAUUAGACCCAAUAUAUCUUAUAUUAUAAGAGAACGCAAUUAAUUUUACCGUUUACCAGUCAUGCAUUUUAGUCCCUGCAUAAAACUGCAUGGGAGGUUUUAAGAAAGUGUGAUAAUAACCGAGAAGGUUUUGCCGUGAAUGUGAAAGUUCAAUAUCAAAUUUCAUUAGAAUCACCUCUGUUAAACUUAAAAAAGACCCAUACAAACUAACUUUUACAUGUACAUUUGAAAGAAAGGAUUAGAACGAAAUACAAAUCUUAUCUAUUAUUUAAAAUAUGUCUAAAUACUGUCCACACAGGAACACAGUGCUAAGUUACACUUAGUAAUUUGUCGCAUUGUUAUGCGCAUCUUUGGCGGCCACAGCGCAUUCCGAGUGCAAGCGUGCGUACUGUGUUCCGUUCGGCUAGGCUCUUGAUAUUACAAGGACUUCUCAAAUCUACACACAAUUAGUUUGCACCUGAGGUCUUUGCUGAUCAAUAUGAUGGCAUAGUAUAGUAUAAAAUUAUUUAAGAAUGUAAGAAGAUAAGCGUAUCUUUUAGUUUUCAACCCCCUUUAACUGUUUGUCACACUUUGAUGAAGUUACGGCAACUCUAGAAAAGAAUGUCUUUAAAACAGCAGUGGAAAAGUAAAUAUUUACGAACACAUUUUUCAGGUCUUUGAAUUUUGUCUACGAGGGGCGUUCAAUAUGUAAUAUUACUCUGUAUGUAGUUCCGUAACCGCUUAUUAUUUUUAGAUGCGGUUUUCGGCACAAUAAUAGAGCAAUUUAUUGGCAACACAGUGUUAUAUUAAUUAUAAAAAUCGGUCGAUUCAAAGUAAAAAUAUAAUCAUUUGAGUGAGGUGUACUUUGGUAUACUGGACAAUUUUAUGUCCAAAAUAUUGAGAUUGUAAUAUGCAAUUCCUUGAUCUGUUAUUCAACAACUAGAACUAUAGUUCAUUUUUCAGUUUAAACAAAUAGAACAAAUCAUGAUCUUUACAAAAACAUAUGAAAACAUCCUGAUGAAGGUCAUUAUAUGAUCGAAACCGGUAGAUCUUAUUAAAUUAGCUAACUGCACCCAGAGUUUGAUGUGUUGUUCCUCUUAAUUCUCUCUUUUAAAAACACAUGAAAACUAAAAUAAAUAACAGUUUAUAACAGUUUUAAAUUGAGUGUGUAUAUUUUUACUCGAAACAUGAUAAGACGAGUACAGUAAGCCUCUGCAAUUUUGCCAGGCGCGAUAAUCAUCGUUUAAAAAUUCUUGUAUUUUAAGUUGAUACUAGUAUCUUAAUUCUCGAUUGCGAAACUAGUUCUUACAAUUUUGAUUAAUCGCUCUCAACACCCAUUCCAGAUGGAAUCAACCUUGAGUUUAGAUUUUUUAGUUGUUGUAAAAUUAAAAAUGCAAUAAAUAGGUUAAAACAAACGCAAACUCAUCACAAAUUGCUAUAGCUCGUAGAAAAAUGAUAGAAUUUUGUGAUUUUAAAAGUUAUUCUAUUUUUCGGAGACUCUGGAUGCUCAAGACAAACCUAAAUUAUAAUUAUGGUCCAGUAUACCUGAGUACACCUCACUAAAAUGAUAACGGAGCUACAUACGGAGUACCAUUACAUAUUGAACGCCCCUCGUAUAUGUCACAAAGGGUAUUUUUGAUGUUAUAGUUUGUUUACUUAAUGCAUUUUUUUUUAUAUUUUCGAUACUAGUCUGAUGACUGUCAUUUGUUGAUAAACAGGUGAAGUUGUAUUUGUUAUGAAUUGUACACUAUCUAAUACCUGUAAUUAACGUUAUGCAUUUUCUGUUGACAUGCGGUGUAAUUUUACCGCUAAAUAGUUCAAAGUCAUUUGAAGUUUGCCAGUUACUUUCUGUUAAUAAUCUGGUUACUUCAGAAAUUCUUUAUAUCUUUUUAAAUUUUUUAUCUUAAAAGGAAGUACUCAACUUCCAUAGAAAUGUGCAUUACAUUCAUCUUGUUUACUUAGUGUUUAAAUGUCAUAACUUUAUUUCGAUAGUUAUAUUACAUUCACUUUAUAAUAUAUUUAUCAAAUUGAUGAAAUCAAAAAAGAGAUGAACAUGUAUAUUCUUUUGAAUUAAACAGACCAUAUUCGUUUGCAGCUCGCAAAACAUUUUUUAUAACUGAGCUUACAGGAUAAAUGACUUCUUGUCAUUACACUUCGUUUGUUUGUUAGUGCUAUAGAUUAAUAAAAUUUAAAUCC